AUGGCGACAGCCAAAGACACUACGCGUUCCCGUAUCGAAAACAUCAAAACCAGCCUCCGAUCCAUCACAACAUGUACUUCAACGACGGUUUCGGAACUACAAGAGAUACUGGCAGAAAAGGCCCAAGAAGUGGCUCAGAAGGAAAAUUUGAGAAGCAAAGGCUCUCGGUUGCUCAGCGUCCAACCCAAUAGCAGGACGAGAGUCGCGACCAAAGUCUCUACCAUAGCUGUUGAUGUGGCAAAACCGGCUGGAGACUUUCUUGCGGCGAAAGAGAAAUACAUACUGGCAACAGAAGUUGCUAAUACAACCCUGAAAUCCCUCGCCGACGCCCUAAAAACCCCACCACCCUCCAAAGUUAGCCCGAAGCCGUCGAAAUCGAAGACUCCUGCCCCCGAAGGCCAGAGUAAGCCUGCACCGAGAAGUGGCGCACAUGUGAGAAGUGCAUCGUACUCUCAGAAACCUCUCCAAGAACGAUCCGUUAGCCAAGUCGUCAAUUCACCACAGAAGCGGUAUGCACCUCGCCGGUCGUCCUCAUACUCGGCAUGCUUGACAACAGGACCUGCACCAGGGCUGGUGGCGACUGCAGAAUGUGCAAGGAUAGCGUUUGCAUAUUUGAGGACUCCAGAGGCUGCAAAAGUUACGGGCAAAGACGCUCCUGAGCUACAACUAGAGAAUGGUAUUCUGGCACUUGCCGGGAAGCUACUUGCUCACGGCUUGGAUAGCCUCGCUAUCAAAGAACUGCGGAUAUUGAAGAAGAGGCUGGAUCAGUUUCUAGGGUGGGACAAUGAGGGCCGAGGAGCCCAAACUGCUCAAAGAAAAUUGGAUGCAAAAAAGCCUUCAGGACCGGUUGAGAAGGAAAGCCUGACUUCGCUCCUCGACUUUGGAGACAUUGAUAAACAGACUCCAGCUUUGCCUCUAAUCAUAAGCCACCAGACUUAUGCUUUGCGGUUGAUUGCGGCAACAAGACAUCCCCGCGUUAUUGAGGCAUUAUGGGACUUCCUGAAGCUUUCGAAUCCGUCUUCCCUUCCAAAUCUUGUCUUAUAUGUCGCCCAGGCUCCAAGUGCACAAGCAAAGGCCACCAGGCAACUUGAGUCCUUCUCACAAAUCGUGCUUUCUUUAUGUCCCAGCAUCUCGAGCUCCAAUGACCCGGUGGAGGGUAAAGAUAUUCUCCAGCCGUCUCCUGAGAUCGUUCUGCGGUUGCAGCAUCUCGCCUUCAAGGUCCGGCAAAGCUGGUGGACAUUGGCCAACCAUGAUUCGGAUGAAAAGAAGGAGUUAAUGGAGCCUUUCGCAAAAUGUCUCACUGCGUUUAGCAGGCGUUCAAAACUUUUGGCCCUCAAGAAAUACAAGAUAGCGGAAACCCUAUAUGUCGACCUCUUGAAGUCUACCGAAGACUCGAUCCCACUGCAGCAAGUCGCGUCUCCUGGGGAGUCCGCUGCUAAAAUCCUCAGCUCCUUAGCACAGGCUGCCGGCUUGACCGAUGUAGCUUUGCGUUGGAUGAAAGAACCGAGCUCCCUGGACUCAAAAGAUUCGGCUGCCCGGACGGCGUCUCGACUUGUCAGAGUCGCGACACUAUCAAUUGAUGCCUCAAUCAAAGAGGUACCAACGCCUGGUUUGGCGGACAGCGCUACCAAAGCCAUGGAGGCUCUUUCCGGAAGCCUUAGUGGGUCUUCAUCAGAUCUAGAUAUCCUGUUCGCGGAGGUGAAUGGACUGCGACGCAUAGCAUCGAGGGCAAUAUCGCUUGCCCAUAACCACUCGUUAGGAAUCGUCGCUGCAAGCAUUCGUUUUCUUGUGCGGUUUGUUGGGACUAGACCUUCAGCAAAUUCGGACACCAAAGCUCAUGUUCGAUACGGUGAGCGCAUUCUAAUGACAGCUAAGAGUAUGAAGAGUAUCGUUGACUGUGUGCUCGCUUGCACCAGACUCUUGGUGGAUUCGGACGAUCGGUGGACAUCUUUCGACAACCUUGUCCAGGACUGUGUUUCGAUCUUGCAGCAUUUCGAAGAGCCCCUGGGCGAAGAACUGAGUUGCACCUCGAUACUUCCUACAGACCUUCACUUCCCCUUGGUGAAGCUCUCGAACGCUUACUGGGCACUGUACCUGCAGCUGAGAAAGGCAAACAGUAGUCCGAGUUCCUUGAUCAAAGCGAUGCAGCGUUCCGUCGAACUCCUUCAGUCACGGCCGAAACCCGAGCGGCAAUCUGGUCUUCUAGCCAUGAAAACGGAAAAGCUCGGUGACACUCUAGACUCGAUUGAUCGAGGCGAAGACUCCCGCAACGCCUUUUAUCUAUCGAUCAAGAAUUUGCUUGAUAGUGGGGUGUUGCAGACAGCGGCUGAACUGGCGUUGAAUCAUCCUAUUAGGAACGUCUUCGAUAUGAAAGGAACGGCCAACACCCUAGGGAGAGUUUUGAAAAUGUACCAUCGGUCUUUCCUCAAGUAUGGAGUGCUCCGUACCAACGAGCUGGCUUUCUUCGAUGACUCCACCCUUCCUAUCGCUGAGAGAGGAAUCCUGUUAGAAUGGCAACUGAAUCUGUUUCCCAAAGCGCUUGCCAGGAACCGACCAUGGAACUCAACUCUCAAUGCCUCUCUGCAGAUUAUGAGUGAGUGCUUGCUUGAGCUCUACACAGAAGCAACCUUCCCCAUUCGGCGCCAAAGAGUAUUUGUAAUACUUCUGCAGAUAGCAGAGAUUCAUCCGGGUAUUCUACCACAAGGGAUGUUGCAUAUUAACACGGUGCCGGGAGCUGAGUCUUUCCAGAAUUCUCAGGAUCAGGGCUUGUCAAGAUAUGGGGACCAUCUGAAAGCCUUCCUGAAGCUGAAGUCGACUAUGCGAGACGGACUGCCUUCCAUAGUCAUCAUGCAAGAAUGCCUCUUUACAUGGCAAUCUAUGAUCGACUCGGUGUCGUCGUGGAAGGAUCUCACUGAUUGGAUUGACGACUCUGAGCCCUGGCUGCAGCAGAUGCAAGCAGUUGCUGAUUACUUGGCGGCGAAAGGGGAGGACAAUAUCUGCAUUCCGGCACUCCGCCUUCUUGUGAAGAUAAUGGAACUCGAAAAGAACCCAGAUACAUCGCGUCUCGUAUCAAACCUUUGCGCUCUCGGCCUCCACCUGCUCCGACUUGGCUAUUCUGAGAAGGCUGGGUUGGCUUUUGCAAAAGCUGAGAGCGUGAUAUCCAGCACGAAUACCUCUACAGAAGCAAGGUUACAGUGGCAUUUGGCCUACGCGGAGUACCUCCUCAAAAUUGGCAAUUUGACGAAAUGCCAAGGUACUCUCUCAUCUGCAAAAACGGUUGCGCUUGACGAUGCUCAGUUCAUGGAGCUUACGAAAGCGUCAACCACAUUAUCAGGGAGGGUACGGUUCAACAAAAUCUUGGCUGAUGCUUGUUAUGUCCAUUCGCUUCUUGCCAUUAACGCCGGAUCCUUCAAGGAAGCUUCAAGAUAUGCAAAGCGAUGUGUGGCACUCAACCGACGGAUAUGGGCCUGCUUGGAGAAUAAGUCUAACUGUAGAAAAGUAGCACAAUCCGAGGGCAGCGAAACAGAUGGGGAAGGUGCAGGCAACGGCACAUUUGACACGUUAAGUUCCAUCCGCAACGAGAAGGGGGUGUCCCUUGUCAUGUCUAUCACCCAUGACACAUUGAAUGGACCAGAGUUUUGGCCUGUUGUGCCUCCGCUAUAUCGUGGCUUGAUGCUGCAAUCACUGAUUUACUCGCAUCAAGGGCUCCUUCAAGAAGCCUUGUACGCUGCAGAACAAGCGGAGAAGAUUGCUUCCGCCACUCAUUCCCGAUUCCUUCUUGUCGAGAACUGCAGCCAUCGCGCCGAAUACUGGGCUCAAGGUGACAGACCAGACAAGGCUCAAGAUGUUUUAGACAAAGUCGAUCUACCCAAAUGCCACAAACACUUGUCGAUAGUUCGGCACUGUUUGGCAAUCGCGAGAAUACACCAUGCGAAUAAGAAGGGCAAGGAAGAGUUGGCUGUUUACGAAACACUGGAACGUUUAUUGAAGGAUCUUACCGGAGGCCACUUCAUCAGGUCCUUGGACGCAUUUCCAUCCGCUGCUGAUUCUUUAGCCCAGCAAAUGUCAGCAGUAUCCUUGGAUGGUCCCCUCGAGAAAGACAAAUCACGAGUGACAAGAACAAGAGCCCGCAAUCCAACACCCAAGGCGGCUCCAAAGGUGGCUCCAAAGGCCCCCCCAAAGGCAGUGCGAAAUCCCAUCCAGCAGUCAACUUCACAGCCUGCCAGCAUUGCUGACGUAUGCUCUGUUCUCAACUCUCUCCAAGCAGAAGUAGCACGUCGGAAAGCACUCGCAUAUGUUCUACAGGAGGAUUCGCCGAAAGCCAUCGAACUCUUAGACUGGGCACAACGUAUUGAGAGUGGCGAGCGGGAUUUCCUCCACCUUUUCGUCACUGCGAAGGCGCUGCUCUCGCAGAGUAUAAAGGAACUUGCCAAAAACUUCACGUUCAAUACACUACCAGAGUCGACCAUUGCCUUCCCUGCAGUCAGCCAGACGGAUCGCAAGUCUGUGGAAGCAGCUGUAGCCAAACGCGCAAAUAGGGUGAUCUCUGCAUCGACCAUGAGCGGUAAAGGGAAGAAGGCCAACAAAGAAGAUUUUAUCGCAACGCUUCGUCAAGCGCGUGACUCCCUUGUGGAAGCACAUGCCCUGUGCUCCAAAAUGGGGACAAAUUCCAACUUCCAGCAGGUGUCGAACGCCUUGGGGCAUGUCACAGUUCUCUUAUCUGCUGCUUCUUGCGGAGACCUGCGAGGGUCCCUUCAUCCCCUCUAUGUUGCUUAUAUGAACGAACUUCCAAAAGAUCAAGCAUUAAAACUGUGCCAAGAAUCAAUCGAAGUCGAACAGGAAAGCCUCUCUCGUGAAGAAUUCCUAAAAUGGCCUGAAUUGGGCUCAUGCGAAGGAUCUUCGGCGUCUUCUGUGGCGGAUUUCCAGAAGGAUUACAUCGACAUUAUCCCCGAAUCGUGGACAACUGUAUCGCUUGCUCUUAACGAUGCUCACGAUGAACUUUACAUUACGCGAUACCAAUCCGGCCAAUCGCCAUUCGUCCUCAGAUUGCCGAUGAGUCGUCAUACAUCACGCGAUAUGGACGAAGAAGAAUUUAGCUUUGAAGACGGCAGGAAAGACUUUAACGAAAUCAUCGAGCUUAGUGAUUUUAGCACUCGGAAUGCAAAGGACAUGACCUCCAGAGAAGCAAGAGCACAAUGGUGGGAUGAACGUGAAGCCUUGGACAUGAGGCUGCGCGAAUUGCUUCUAAACAUUGAAAAUAUUUGGCUUGGGGGCUUCAAGGGAAUCUUCUCACAGCACGCUCGCCAGCCGACUUUGCUCGCACGUUUCCGCAAGUCCUUCGAGACCAUCUUGAAUCAGUAUUUACCUUCGCGACGAGGAAAGUCCCAGCAAAAGAGGACAGUGUUGGAUACAAGAGUAUUGGAAUUAUUUGUUGGACUUGGUGAUGCGACAAACGACGAGCUCGAUCUAGACGAGGCUUUGAUGGAUCUCAUCUACUUUGUGGUUGACAUUCUACAAUUCAACGGAGAAAGCAACGCUUACGACGAGAUCGACUUUGACGCUAUAGUGGUCGAAACACUCGACGCACUCCGCGCCUACCAUAGCGCUUUGCAAGGCCCUUGCGCGGAACCGGCGCACACUAUCCUUAUCCUGGACAAGAAUUUGCACAGAUUCCCAUGGGAGUCUAUGCCUUGUCUUCAGUCAAUCGCCAUCUCUCGACUUCCCUCAUUGGCCGCUCUUCGUGAACGAAUUCUCGCCGCAAGAUCAUCAGAUAAUGCGCGGGAUGAUCGCCCAGGCCACUACAUCCCGGCGAGUGCUGGAGGAACAAGUAUUCUCAAUCCAUCUGGAGAUUUGAGCCAUACUUCGAAGACUCUUAAGCCACGAUUAGAGAAUAUGGAGGGACCAUGGACCCACAUCACCGAUCGCGCCCCAACUGAAAAGGAGUUCGAGAGCUCGCUGAAAGCAAAGGAACUCGUGCUUUACUUUGGCCAUGGCAGCGGUGCACAGUUUGUACGGUCAAAAUCUGUGAGAAGGCUAUAUGCAGGACGCCAAAUCGGAGAUAAGAAAAAACGUGGAUGCGCUACUACGUUCCUCUUUGGAUGUUCCUCGGUGCAUCUUACCGAGAAUGGAUUCUAUGAGCCAUCAGGAAUGCUGGCCUCGUAUCUUACUGCGGGUGCGCCUGCUGUGUUAGGCAUGCUCUGGGAUGUCACGGAUAAGGACUGUGAUAGAUUUGCCGUUAAAGCUGCAGAGCUAUGGGGCCUGUGGCCGGAAACUAAAGACGAUGCGGAACCCAAGGCUAAGAAAAAAUCAAAGGGCAAAGGGAAAGUUGCCCAGCUUGUUGCAGAGGUAGAAAAUGCCAGAGGUGCACAGACAGUGAGGAGAGGGAGGAAGGCCCGUGACCCUCCUUGUGAAGAUAAGGAUGAAAUGGGAGUCAAUAGGAAGGAGAGGCGUAGAGGCGUGGGCUUAGAUGAGGCUGUGAGAGAGGCGAGGGACGCAUGUUUCUUAAGGUAUCUGAAUGGGGCGGCGGCAGUGGUGUAUGGUAUUCCAGUGUAUUUGGAGUAG